AUGGCGUGCUAUGGCCCGCGGAUGGCAUGUUCUGGCCCGCGGCGCGUCAAAGACAAGGUGAAACGGCGGCCGUCCAGUUUCGACGCCGGCGAGUCGCCUCUCAAGUUCGUUGCUUGCGGAGCUUGCUCGGUGUCACUGGAGGUUCCCUCAAACCGGCUGCCGGAGCCUUGGGCGCUGCAGAUCUUCCGUCCAGGAGGUUGGCUAUACGCGGACAGCUGGCUAGAUGUCGCAGACCUCGUCGUGAACUCGGCAGAGGAUGGCAUGACGAGGGUGGAGGUCCUCAACCUCGAUGCUGAAAGUGACUACACCUUCCGCGUGGCGCAGAAUACCGACUUGCAGGUCAUGGCUUCCACGGCAAGCCGGCCGCAGGCGCCCCAGGUGCGUGUGAUGCGACGCCGGCCUGGAGGACUUGCCGUGCAGGUGGUGCCGCAGUCAUGCUUAUUGGCCAAUUUGGAAUGCGAGCUACAAUGGUUCAAGGCUUCCGCAAUGGGAACGUGGUCAUCGAAAAUCGUGACAUGCGAGGACGGGUGGGGGGUCUGCGAAGUCCUUCUGGGCGAUCUCGCAUCGUGCAGCGACUAUCGGCUCCGAGCCCGGUUUCGAAACGCAGUGGGCUGGGCCGAGGACUUCUCGGCGGAAGCCUUCGGCCGCACCUCAGACAGCGCCGCAGCGCCUUCCGAUCUCCGCGUGGCUGCCAGGCAUCCCGGCCGGGUGAUCUUGGAGUGCUCCGUGGCAGACCCCGAGGGGGCUCCUGUCACCACCUUGGAGGUGCAGCUUUGUGGGAAGGUGACCUGGAGAGACAUUCCGAGCACUUCCAACGCUGCCACAGAGAGCUGGGACUGGGAUGACCUGGGUGGUGGACCACCGCGCGCGGUGCAGGUCGAGGUGGCCCUUUCCAGUGACCAGGUCAGCCAGCUGCGCGUGUGGUCCCGCAACAUUGUGGGCAGGUCUCUUUUGCCGUCCCCGGCGCUGCUUUGCCAGCCCUCUUCCAGGCCGGGAGCUGUCUCCGAGCUUCACUGCCCACAUCGGGGACUCGAUUCUUUGAAGCUGGACUGGUUGACCUACGAUCCGGAGGGAGCUCCCAUCCUUGAGUGCAGCGUGGAAUUCUGGCCGGAAGAUGCCUUGUGGCCUGCCACGCAACAGGUCACUGACGUGGUGCGGACACGUCAGGAUGGUCCAUCCAUGUGGAAGGCCUCUUUAGUGGGGCUGCAGAUGGAGACUUCCUACGUGGUACGAGUCCGCUCCAGGAACGAGGUUGGCUGGUCCGAAGAGCCUUUGAAGCUACCAGACUUCCGAACAGCAGAUCGACCAGAGGCACCCAAAGAUCUCCGCUGCGGGGAUGUGACUGCCACUUCCAUACAGCUCCAUUUCGACCUGCGCUACGACCCUGCACAGCUGGCCGCUGUUCCUGGCCUCAACGGCAUUUGGGUGGAGCAGGCCUUUGCGUUGAGUUGGCAGCCCCUCUCUUCUGAGCGCCUGGAGAUCACCGAGGCAGUGGCAGAAGCAGACGCAGACAGAGGUGCCCCAGCGAUCCUCCGCGCUCGGGUUCGCCUCAUAGGCCUCGAAGGAGACUCCGCCUACACCUUCCGAGUAUGGCCGGAGAAUUCAGUCGGCCGCAGCCUUGUCCCGUCGCCCGCGCUGGACUGCCGAACCAGCCCGAAGCCGCAGCCGCCGACGAAGCUUUCCCUGGAUCUGCUCGGGCCGAACCACGCGCGGCUCCGCUGGCGCGUGCCGGAUCCCUCUGGCGCCCCUGUCUCGGGAGCUUCCUGCGAGGUGGCGGCUCAGUCCAUGUUUGGUGCCUGGCAGCCCGUCGCAGGACCACGACCGCAGCGAGCUGGCCGCAACCUUUGGACGCAGGUCGUACUCUCGCUGGAGCCGGCGAAGGAGUACAUCUUCCGCGUGAAGGCACAAAAUGCAUCCGGAAGCUCCGAAUGGUCCGAAGCGCUGGUUUGGAGCAUACCCACUCCGCCGACCAUCUCCCAGCUUGAGCUGCAACGACUAGUCGACGCGCCGUCGACGGGGACUGCGAAGAAGAGCACUGCCGCGUUAAUGCUCACUUUCCAUGUUACUGCACCCACGGCCGCCCCUGUGGCGCUGUGCUCCGCCCUUUGCCACAGCGCCGGCCGAAAGGUCCUAGCAAAGCGAAGCGAAGGCAAAUGGGUGGCCUUCUUCCCAGGCCUUGACGUCGAUCCCUUGGCAAACGGCUUCCGUGUGGAGGCAGCCAAUGCAGUUGGCUGGUCGACAUGUGAAGAGGUUUUGCCAUGGGAUGGACGAUCGAUUGAAAAGUCAGGCCAAAGUUUGCCUGGCAACCUUUUUCCACCUCUCCAGGACCACGUGGCCCACUUUCUCCAAAGUUUCGGGACUGAUGCGUGCCGGCAGUGGGACGAAUGGGAGCAAUACUGGGCAGCGCGCAGCGCCGACCCCGAGGAAAGCACGAACCUCGUAACGGAGCAGCACCUGAUAGUGCAGCUGACGCGCGCAGCACUGGCGCAGGCCGUGCGGCUCAAGGAGAAGGCCGAUGUCGCUUGGGCUACACGCUGCGAGGAUUUCCUCGCCUCGGAGCCCAGCACUGGCACGGCCGAAGCAGCCGCGCUGGGCAUCCUCGCUUUCCGCCUUCUGCUCGAAGGCUGCUUUUCAGCGGAGCAGCUACGGUCCGAUGCGGAGUCCAUUUGGCAGGAUGUGCUGCUGCUGGCGGAGGCUUCGGCGGAGGAGAGCAGCCGUGAAUACUGGACUGGCAAGCACGACGAGUGGGCUUCUCAGUUUGAGGAGCGCUUCUCAGCUUGCUGGCUGCCGAGCUGUUUCCAGGCCGUCCGCAUGCUUUCUGCGCUUGCCGGUCGUGGUAGCAUGGACUCGCUUAUCGGAGAUGCUUUGGACUUGUUGAGAGGACAGCUGCAUCUUCACAGCUGGAUGGAGCAGUCCUGCCAGGAUGCGCGUGCCGCAGCUGAUGACCUCUACCAGGCCAUCAUUGGCUCCGAUGUCGCCCUGAGCAUCUACGAACUGCACGGAACAGCUGCCGUGACAGCCUUGACCGAGCUUGCAGGCUUGGGUGGGGCCUUCCACGUCGGAGUUCAGGUCUACUGGCUGGAGUGGAGCUUCGGCUGGUGCGCAGAAGGCUCUGGCAUCCAGGCGCUUCACUUUGGCAAAAGCGAUCUUGGUCGCUUCCGCCAGCGUCUCCCACUGGGCAGGACACCCUUCUCGCCUGAAGAGGUUCUCGCACUCCUUCGAGAGCUUAGACGGCAGUGGGAGGGAAAGGGGUACGACCUUCUGCACCGAAACUGCGCGCACUUCUGUAUCGAGUUCGUCAAGCGGCUGCAUGUUGAGGAGGCCCCAGACUGGGUCAACGCGCUGGCAGUCACGGGCGGGCAAGUGGCCGAGUGGCUGGGAGUUUUCCGCCCGGCGCUCCACCGAAACGCCGAGGCCUCCCCGGCCGCAGCUUCCCGCUCCGAGGAGGAGCCCGAGCCUCCGUCGGAUCUCCAAGAGUGGCGCUGGGCGAAGCAGUAUAUCCUACGCCGGAGCACCGAAGCCAGGCGAAUCCGCCAGCGCUUCGCCCUCUCUGCCAGCGCUUCGCUGCGGCGACCGCGGAGCAGAGUUUUCUGCAGAAGCCUGCGCAUCGUGUCCUGCCCAGACCCGCAGUGCCUGUGGAAUUUCGACAUCCACAAGUUCAUGCUCACUGAGUAUGAGAAGCUUGCCGGUGCCGACAAGGCAUCCAAGGAUGCCACGGUGCUGAGCUUCGCGGCGCAGGCCUAUGUCGCCGGAAAGACGGAAGCACAGUUCAAGAUCGCGUCGAAGGACAUCGAGGACGCCAUGCUGACUCAUGAGGGCGCGCUAACCAGCGAUCCGGAAUUUGCUGCCGUGAACAAAAAGCUGCAGCAGGCGAUCGCCAAACUUCUCGGUUAG